AUGUCCGAGCUCAAGGGAGACUCAACUGAGGUUGUCAAGCCCGAGGAAGAUGAGCUCAUUCAAGAUGACUAUUUGCAUGGCACCCGCUUGAUAGCACUGACAGUAUCGCUUCUGUUGGGAAUGUUCUUGGUUGCACUUGAUAAUACUAUCAUUGGCACUGCGAUUCCUAAGAUCACAGACGAAUUCCAUGAUUUGAACAAAGUCUCUUGGUAUGGCUCUGCGUACUUUAUGACUUUUGGUNNGGUUUGCUUCUAUAUCAACCUACCAGUUGGAGGAGUGUCAGCUAUCAUCAUCUUUUUCUUCUUCAAGCCACCAAACAGUGCCAAACCUGCGCAGGCGCCAUUGAAAGAGAAACUGCUACAGAUGGACUUUGUCGGCGCCACCCUUAUGAUCGGCUUGAUCAUCUCAUUCAUACUGGCAUUGCAAUACGGCGGACAAACACACUCAUGGAAGAGCAGUCAAGUUAUCGGAUUGUUGGUUGGCUUCGUCGUUCUCGCUGCAGUCUUUGUGCUUUGGGAGAUAUACCAAAAGGAACGCGCCAUGAUCGUUCCUCGGCUGGUAUGCGACAUAAAGUUCAGCAUGUUUACUCAAGCUGACUAUAUCGCANNGUUUCUUGAGCGCUAUGUAUGGGUAGGCUCUGUGUUCAUGUUCUUCUUCGGUGGCGCAUACUUUGUUCUCCUAUACUACCUUCCGAUCUACUUCCAGAGCAUUCACGAGGCUAGUCCUAUCGGGUCCGGUGUCAGAAUGCUCGCGUUGAUCAUUCCCUUGACCAUCACUGCCAUCGUUCAAGGCUUUGCACUAUCCAAGAUUGGCAUCGUGCCUGCGUUCUGGAUCUUGGGAGGUGCAUUGGCAACUGUUGGCUGUGGACUCAUCUACACAAUGGACGCCAACACUUCUACUGGUAAAUGGAUCGGCUAUCAGAUUUUGGUCGGCUUCUCUACUGGUCUGACCUUCCAGGUCGCUAUUGCAAAUGCACAAGUUCACGCUAAGUUCGAGGACUUGUCCCAGGUCAGCGCCAUCAUCAACUUCUUCGUCACAAUCGGUGGGGCUUUCUUCAUCUCUGCUGUCCAGUGCGCAUUCAACAACCAGGUCAUCAAAGAGCUCAUGGCGAAUCUUCCUGGUAUCGAUCCAUCGAUUGUUCUCGGAAUCGGAGCAACGCAAAUUCGUCAAGAAUUUACGAGCUCGCAGGUACCGAUUGUUCUUGAUGCUUAUAUGGUUGGCUUGAAGGCCGUUUUUGCUAUCACUACAGCGGCUUAUGGUAUCUCCACCAUUGUAGGCUUAUUUGGCAGCUGGAAGAGGCUCAACGAGGAAGAGAUCAAGCAGGCUGCUGGUGGUGCAGCUUGA